CUAGAACACGGGUGUGGAAAGAAAGACAUCGGCUGGAGACAAGCGCCUCUUUGAGAAUACUGAAACUAUUACAUGUAGAUGGUUAGCGAGAGUAGUGAGUCCGGGGAGAGCUGGGAAAAUUAUAGACUUGUGGAGAUUUGCGACGUUUUGCGACACCGGAGUUCCGGCAGGUUCAGGAAGGCGGCUCGCGCUUCGCUCCAAACUGGAGAAUGUAGCGGGAAGAGAGCGCGCGAGCGGCGAGAGCAGGGAAUCUCGGAUCCCCCGAGUACCCCCGUAGUUCGAACGGGAAGACUUCAAGCGUGUGACGAUCCUACGCCGACUGAGCACAAGCCCACGAGUUUUCCAACCAAGCUUGCAGCCAUGUUGGAAGAGGAUAUGGAGGUGGCCAUCAAGGUGGUGGUUGUGGGCAACGGUGCUGUCGGAAAGUCAAGUAUGAUCCAGAGAUACUGCAAGGGAAUCUUCACCAAAGACUACAAGAAGACCAUCGGCGUCGAUUUCCUGGAAAGGCAAAUAGUAGUAAACGAUGAGGACGUGCGGUUGAUGUUGUGGGACACGGCAGGUCAGGAGGAGUUUGAUGCAAUCACUAAGGCUUAUUACCGAGGUGCCCAGGCCUGUGUACUCGUCUUCUCGACCACAGACAGAGAGUCGUUCGACGCCAUCAGCAGCUGGAGGGAGAAAGUGGAGAUGGAGGUUGGAGACAUUCCCACUGUUCUGGUGCAGAACAAAAUCGACCUCCUGGAUGACACCGUGAUAAAAAAUGAGGAAGCAGAGGGUCUUGCUAAGAAGCUGAAGCUGAGAUUUUAUCGGGCCUCGGUGAAAGAGGAUCUCAAUGUCAAUGAAGUUUUUAAAUAUCUAGCAGAAAAAUACCUGCAGCGACUGAAGCAGCAGACGGCUGAAGAUCCUGAAAUCGUUCACACAUCAAGCAAUAAAAUCGGCGUAUUCAACACUAGCAGUGGCAACCAGCCGAACCAGAACUCCAGCGAUCUCAAUGGCCGCGAGGUCAUCAAUCUGCGACCAAACAAGCAGAGAACUAAGAAGAAUAAAAUCCCCUUCGGUAGCUGCAGACUUCUCUAAAGUCUCCUCGUACGCGUUAUACCUUGUUUGCCUUGUAGGUCCGGGUGACAUGCAUCAUCGUCAACACUAACCAGAGUCGGUGAAAGGCUGCGUCUCAGUGUAAUCCCUCUCAGCGCCGAGGUGGCGUUUAAACUGAGGUCAGCUUUUUCACACAUUUGUGGUUUCAUUACAUGCCUCUGAUUCCUGUGGAUGAGUCUUAUGUCACGUGGAGGUAGAAGUAAGGCUGGAUGUAUUGUAAAGGUGGAAUUGUGGGAAUGUGUGCUCUCUGGUACAUAUGUUUUAAUCAGGCCUAUGAUGAUGAUGAAGCAGCUUGUCUUGCUUUAUCACAACCAAAGGGGAAGAAAUUGUUCUAAGUCUCUCGACUCAGACCCCUUGAUUUGGAUUACAAGCGUAUUUUUUGAACUUGAUGUUAAAUCGAAGGAAUUUAAAGUAGAUCCUUCAGUAAUGUAGAAAGUAAGAUUGUGUGUUACUUUAUACGGUGUAGAGCAGGGUAACUAACACGCUACACAUUAACAAGAUUCCUUCUAACGUACAUCGUUUUAACUCGGACCAUUUGUGUGGGGGUGUUUUUUUUGUGUUUUUUUUUUCUCUCUUCUGUGGAGGUGUAUGAUUUGGUAACACAUCUUUCCAUAAAAACAAUUUGAAGUUCAUAAGUACUAAAAAGGGGGGGAAAAAAAGAAAGGUAUUUUUGUAAGUAACGUCGUCUCAAAACCAUAGCAUUAACACAGUGCCAAAAAAAAAAGUUUUUCAACUGUAUGUACUUGUAAGAAAUGUAAAUAUAGUUAGUAAAAUUUUACCUUCGGAUAAUGUGAUCACAAGUCGUGUAAUAUUUUAGUGUGAUCAGGUUAAAACGUACUAGCAGGUAAGCUUGUCAUGACCAACACUAGAGUUCACUUCUCCACAGCGGAAGCCCAGGAUGUGUGCAGAUUUAAAUAUUGAUGAGAUUUAAUGUUCAGCUCUGCUGCUUGUAAACACUAACAGGACAAUAUUCCGCCUGAACAGUGGAAUGCACUGUAUAUCUCUUUUAAAGCCUGCUGGUUGAUAAACGGACAUUUGUAUGUUGGGUAAAAUUGGUGACGCAACAUGUAAUCUUUCAUACAUGUUUGAGUACUCUUGGGGUUAAAGGUCCCCUAAUUCAACAAGAGAAUCCUUUAAUUUAAAAAAAAAAAUUAAAAAUUAGGACCCCCUUGAAAAUGAGAUGCCACAUCUCAAGGGGUUAUCCUCAAAAAAAAAAAAAAAUCCCCGAGUACCUGGCGACUUGUCCAGGGUGUACCCCGCCUUUCGCCCAUAGUCAGCUGGGAUAGGCUCCAGCUUGCCUGCGACCCUGUAGAACAGGAUAAAGCGGCUAGAGAUAAUGAGAUGAGACUGAGAAAAAUCCCCGAGUACAAAUAUGAACCAUCAUUCUUGCAAUCAGCCAAGUGGAUAAAAUCAUGCAGAUCCAGGUCAAGAGCUUCAGUUAAAGUUCACAUCUAACAUCAGAAUGAGGAAAACGUGAUCUCUGUGACCUCAUGGACAUUGGUACCAGGUGGGCUAGUAAAUGUUUUUCAGAGACUAUUGAUCUCUUGGGAUUUUCACGCAAAACGGUCUCUCGAGUUUACAGAGGAUGGCGUAAUCCAGCGAGCAUCAGUGCUAUGGACGGAAAUGCUUUGUUGAUGAGAGAUCAGAGUAGAAUGGCCAGACAGGGUUAAGCUGACAGUAACUCUACCGUGGUGAAUAGAAAAGCAUCUCCAGAGUGUAAAACUUGUUAAACUUUGAGGUGGAUGGACGCCAGCAGCAAAAGACCACAUCACGUCCUCCUGUCAGCCAAGAACAAGAAUGUGCGGGACACUGGGCACAAGCUCCCCAAAACCUGAUGCUUUGAAAGAUUGGAAAACCUCGCAUGGACUGAUGAAUCUCAAUUUCUGCUGCGACAUGUAGAUGGUAGGAUGGGAGUUUGGCGUCAACAGCUGGAAUCCAUGGACCCAAGCUUCCUUGAGGCUGGUGGUGGCUGGUUCUGCAUUGCACUGCUGACGCUUUGGCUGACUGAUUCGAUCGGUGUUGCUGUUAAAGUUGAGCGUGAGAAGGUGGAAUCCAACUAGGCUCAAUAUUUUAAUGUGUAUAAGUCAUAUCUUGGCUAUUCGUCGAAACCACGAAGCUUUUUCGCUCCUGAACAUUCUACUCCUAGGACAAAUCUGUUGGUCAGAUCGCUGCUACACUUCACAAAAUCCAGUCAUGGCUCGAAACAGUCUGCUGCUUCAUACAUUGUUCUACGUGUAAUCACAGCAAGCGUUUUUGUACAAUUGCGAUUCUUGUGCCCAAAAUGGACAUCUUACCUGAAAGGUUCACAACCAUAAUCUGUCUGAGAACACACCUGUCACUUCAAGCGCCCGCAUGCACACAUUGCUUACUCGAUUUCUGUAGAUUCCUUCCGGUUUCGCAAUUUCUGCAGCCUUGCACUAAAUAUAGUCACCACUGUUUGUCCUCCAUUUGCUGUUUUGCUGCGCUGCCGAUAAUGGAUGGCGACAGUGAUGCACACAUUAAAGUGUGUUGGUGGGGGGGGAAUACAUUUCCCUCAGACCAAGCUGAUGCAUACAAGUGAUGGUCUUGACCCACCACCCAUCGUUAUUGGCACCGAUCACGUCAUUUGUUUACCUGGGAUCGGAAGCGAUCAACAAUGGCGACCUCGUCACCAAGAUCAAUAGGUGAUGUGGACUGGUGGCAGGCAUCAUGAGAAGCCUCUGGAGACUGUGACAUCUCCCGACUACAAUGCUGCGGUUUUGUCUGGACUGCUCUACGGCGCCUAGACCUUGCCUCUCAGCAAGACCUUGGUCACCUGUGUUCUUGGCUUCAAGACCUGUACCCUCAGGACCAUUGAGGUGGUGUGUUGGUACGACCAUGUCUCCAAGGAGGAGCUCCGCCAGAGGACUAACCAACCAAAUAUCCUCCACAGCGCCGUGUUCAUUGGCUUGGAUAUGUCCUGCGCUGCACAGACAACCACCCCAUGAGCCAUUUGCAACUUUGAUCCACCAGCAGUGGUAUGGAGACGCCCUCACGGCUGACCACACACCUAUUUUAACGAUGUCCUUCGUCAAGACUUCCAGCAGAUUAAUUUGAGACUGGAGGACGUCCCGGCACUCGGCGACACUGGUGGGCUCAACGCCAUGCUGGCAUGAAGUUUAGGAGGAGGAAGAGGAGUUUGCUUUUAUGUCACAUGGUCAUUUAUCUGAUUUGGAUGUAUCCAGUCUAAGAUAGUGGCUCGAGUCUAAUUUGUAAUCACAUUUCUGUGUCCGCACAGUCCUAAGGAAAUAAAAUAAAAUAAUUUGUGUUGCAUUAAGGCAGGAAAAACCAGAAUUGUCACUUCAUCCUGGUAAUGUGAAUGUAGCAGAUGUGUUCGAGUUUCCCAAUAAUAAUUGUGCACUCAGUUUGACGUGUACAAAGUCCUUUCUCUGGGUUAGACCUUAAGUUGUGUUCUUGUAUAACUAAACUUUGGGGACCUUUUCCACAUUUUGUUCAUUUGGUGGAUGCUUUUAUCCAAAGUAACGAAUGAACAAACGAGACCGAAUGCUAUAUAAACCUGGAGCUGAGCAGUUGAGGGGUAAAGGUCUUGUUUGCAGAAGCUUCUACAAUCUCCAGGCUGGGUUUUGAGGGUUUUGGUUUUUUUUUUCGUCCUGCUUCAAAGCACAGUGAUUACAGGAAGAUAUAAUCUGCACUAAGAGAACAUUCGUUUGGAGUUAGGACUGAAUUCUGUUGGAUAAUUUCAGAGUAAACCUUGAUCAGUCUCUAAAGUCAAGCUCAGCAUAUAUGGUCUGGCUAAUUUGCCUUUUUUUUCUUUCUUUUUAAACUUAACAUUUACGCACAACAUGCAUGCCUUACGUUUGAUUUCUAUAUGAAUGUGUAUCGAUGGUACUUGGCCACAAUGACCAGAGAUAUGUUUACAGUUGUGAUCAGCUUUAUAUGAGCUCACUCUCUUUGUACUUUGUAAUUGUGUGUGGAAUCUAAUCAUUACCACACGUUGGAUAGAAAGACUCAUGCCUACAUUAUGGAUUUAAGGCACUUUAUUUGUCUGAAAUAAAAACAGGUCACUUUAUCACAGAGCACAACCGCGAGCAUUCAUGAAAAUAUCUAGUAUGUCAAAAUUUUCCAUCUGUUCCAACUGCUAAUAGUGGUUCUACAUUUUUCUCUCUUGGUUAUGAUGCCUUUAUUAUUAUUAUUAUUAUUAUUAUUAUUAUUAAAUGUAAACUUGACAUUUCAAGUAAAUCUUGGCGAGCAUUCCUUCACUCACUGGUCUCUAAAUAUUUCACAAAGAUGUCAUUAAAACAAUUA